CCGAAAGCGCGCCUUUCAUUGACAACAGCAGAGACUUUGCAGACUACGCAGUCGAAAAAUGUUGAGGACACUUUUACUCGUGGCAUUCUCCACGCUUUUGAUAGCACAGUCCGGUUUGUGUCUACCAAAACCAUCCUCCUCGGAAUCAGCGGAGAGACCUAAUGGUUGGCAGAGACUCGAACAACUUGCGUACAAAAAAUUGUUGAUUUUUUUAAAUUAUGGACUGCAAAAAAGCAACCAAUUAGUCAAAGACGUGUUGGCAGAUCCAUCCAUGAAUAAUAUCGACAACGAUGCUAUGGAACAACAAAAAAGUGUACUUCGGAAAUAUGUGCAGGACUCAAAAAAAUCGUUAGUUGCUACUUUGCCUUCCAACAAAAACAAUCACGAAAAUCGCUUGGUGUUUGCAUGUGAGAAAAUUGUUGUGCUUAGGAGUAUGAGCGACUUUGAGCCACCAUUUUAUUCAUAUACAGAGGGAACACCAGAGGAACAGAUUAUUUGGGAUGCUUUGAAGAAGCAUGGAGUUCUUGAGUACCGUGCGGAGUUAAAUAAUCGUACACAAGAAUUUAUGAGUAAUUUUGCUGAUGAAGUUGAUAAUUUUAUGAAGACACUUUCCGCAGCCGAAAAAGAGGAGGCAAAAGAUAUGGUGGAGGCAUGGAAUAGGUACACGAAACACGAGCUUGGAUUGAGCAAGAUUGAAUUGGGACAACGUUUGUUUACAAUACUAUACGACUUUGAUUCACACAUGAGAAAGUCCACUUAAGACAGUCUCUCUUUAUAAAGAUAUAAGUAGAGAUAAAAUAAAUCGGUUAUUUGUUAAAUUGAGCUUGAAAUUGGCUUUGCCUAAGUAAUCGGCUCGCCGCCACUCUCUGCUCGCUUAUCCUCUUCAGGGACAUCGGCACAUAUGUAUACGUUUAGGUUUUUUGAAAUCUUUCCAUUCAUAGAUGAAUGGACAUUAUUUUGUUUUUUUGUAAAAAUUACUAUUUUCUAUUUUUUCUUAGCUUACUGAAUUGUUAUAAAUGUAAGCUGAAUAACAUGUAAUAAAAUGAAAAGUAAAAUUAACGUUAAAAUUAAAAAAAAUAU